UUCGCGGUGUGUUGGCCGGAAAAUAAAAAUAUCUCCGAAAACUGACAACAAAAACAUAAACAAAACAUUCUAAAGUAUUCCAAAGCGAAAAACACUUUAAUUUUUUUGUGGUUUUCUGCUAUUUAAAUGCCUCUUUAAUGACAAUUUCGUGGCUUGUGUUAAAUAAUUGUAAACUUUUGAGUGUUUACCGUUAGAAAAAAAGCGCGCAAUUUGAAUUUUUUAGAAAAUUUUGUGUUGUUUUUUAAUGUUACACAAAGAUAAAAUAAAAAUGGCAAGCCAGAAAAUGUAUGAAUGAAUGAAUUUUUUUCGCCAAAAUCUGCUGCGUGUGCAAUUCAAUUCGAAAAACAAAACACAAAAAAUAAAAGAAAAGAUACCGCGAAAAGUCAUAAAGAAAAGUCGGGCAAUUGGUCAAGGAGAGGACCUCCACUAGGACCACUAGAACCAUCAGAACCACCCGUACCACCAGAGGCACCACCAUCAGGGGCAGCAGCAGGCGCGGCACCACCAUGCUGCCGCAGCAGUACUGCCUGAGGUGGAAGUACCACCAUAGCAAUCUGCAGACCAUGUUCUCGCAGCUCUUGGAUCGCGGAUGCUUCUGCGAUGUGACCUUGGCCUGCGAGGGCCAACUAAUCCGCGCCCACCGCGUCGUCCUCUGCGCCUGCAGCACCUUCUUCGACGCCGUGCUCUCCAACUACGCCAGCGAACGCGACCCGAUCAUCAUCAUGAAGGACGUGACCUUUGCGGAGGUCAAGUGCCUCAUCGAGUUCAUGUACAAGGGCGAGAUCAACGUGGAGCAUGCCAGCCUCCCGUCGCUGCUGAAGACCGCGGAUGACCUGAAGAUCAAGGGUCUGGCCGAGGUGACCUGGCGCGACGACGAGGACGGUCCGCCGCCUCCGAUGGCCGCCGCCGAAUUCCACUCACCGCCGGACAGUUACGCCCAGGACCUAAUCCUCCAGCACCAACAACAGCAGCCCCAGGCCGGUCCACCCAUGCAUCUGCAGAGUUCUGCGAUCCUGGACAGAGAUCGCGACCGGGAGCGGGAGCGACUGUCCCCGGGAAUGGAGAGCGUCCUGGGUCGCAUGCCCGUGAUGACACCGCAUCCGGGAGCAUCGGGUUCGGCCGGAGUGGGCGCGAUAUCCGGGGGCACAUCGCACGAGGGCGUGGCACCCGUGGAACACUUUCUGGGUCCGAAACGCAAGCGGGGUCGUCCGCCGCUAGACGACGCCUACGACGUGUUCAAUGUACGCAAGCUGGCCCAGUAUGCCGCCAACCUGGAGCCUGCCCAGCGUGCCUACUUGGAGACGGCGCGCCACUUUGCGGAGGAGCCGCCGCUGGCCGCCCACGCCGCCUCGAUGGCCUCCCCGCCCGCCGCCUGCCCGCCCAAACAGCGCCAGCGUCUACGUCACCAGCAGCAACAACAACAACAACAGCAGCAGCAGCAGCUCCUUCAGCCGGAAUCCAGUGACCAGGAACCGUCGGCAGCUACUGGCCAGGAUUGGUCCAAUCCGGAGCCGAAUGGCUGUUCCACGCCCAAGAUCCUCAGCGAUGGUGAUAUGGCCAACAAGCAGGAAGCGGAAGCCGGCGAUGAAUCGCAAACGGAAGUACUCACCACGACCAGUGCAAGUGGCAGUGCAUCCAAAAAGCUUGAGAAGAUCAGCGAGCGGCGCGAACGUCACGGCAAGUUGCGUCAUGCCCGUCGGUUGUAUGAGAAGACCGGCGAAGAUGAGGUGGAAUCGCCCAAGGAGGAACCCGAUGAGCUGCCACAACCGCUGGAGGAGAUCGAGAAUGAGCAUCUGGUGGCGAAUAGGGCGGAGUCGCCACGUCCAACGGUCGUGAUACCGGCCAGUUUUGCCUGCAAAUACGAGGGGGGCGUGGCUGGUGUCUCGGGAACCGGGGGAUCCUCCUCCUACUUGAUCAACGAACAUGGCAUGCUGAUGGCCCACGAAUUCGGGCCGAAUGUGGCCAGUGCAGCGGCCACCGCUGCCGUUGCCGUUGCAGCCGCCGCCGCCGCAGUGGCUAAUGCCUCGGCCGGAAACGGAAGUGGGAACGGAAACGGUGGCCAGGAUCCGGGUGGAUCCAGUGGCCUGUCCGCCGACUAUCCCGACAUCAAGCUGGAGGACUACGAUGCCGCCGAACUGCGGCUGACGAACGAGGAGCUGUCGCAGUGGCAGGACGUCAUCAAGAUGGACGACUAUCUGGCCAAGGGGCGUCGUCCACAGUUCUGGGAGGAACCCUUCACCAAGCGGGUGUUGGAUGCCAUCAAAAACAAAAGACUCGAGAUGAAGAAGGCCGCCCGCAUCCUGGGCGUUUCCUACGGCACUCUUUAUGGGCGUUAUCGCGAGGUGUACGGCUGCCUGAAGCAUCCUUAUAGUGGCACCGCCUUCCGGAACUCGGGAUCCACCUCGGCGAGCCAGUUGGGAGUUCAGCCACGCUUCGAUUUGGGAUUUCGAAAUGGCGGUGUCCUGCCAGCUCAGUUGGUCCAAACCAAUCCCUACUUGCAGAGCUGGGCAAGCUGAAGAAGGAUCUGAGCGAUCUAUGGACACGUCCGCAGAUUUGAGGACCAACCAACGCCACAACCAUGAAGAAACUACAGAAAAAUCUCAAACGACGCCACAGGCUGAUCUAGGAUCACAAGGAUAAAAGACAGCUAGACGAGGCUAGUUUAAGGCCCCGACAAACAAUAACCCUUUCCUAAAUCGAUUCCCACUUUAAUUUGUUGUACACCUCGGGUCACAACUAUAACUGAUCUACACAUUUAGGAUCUUAAUAUUACAUAAUAUAUAAUAUAAAUACAUGUCUAUAUAAAUAUACAUUUAAUGCCGACGUACGCGUGGAUUAGUUAAUUGAAAUACUUAUUAUAAAUACACACGGGCACGUGUUGUUCUAGAGAUAAAUACAUUUCUCUUGGUAGUGAAAUUAAAAAAACAUAAACUAUGGAAUCUAGUUAAUCGGUAACAUAAAACGAAAAUGAAGUGAAUUUUUUGAUAAGCUAACGAAAACGAACACAAACAAUAUGUAUUACAUACAAAAAAUAUGUUUAAAACGAAAUAAAAUAUCUAUUAAAAAUAUAUGUGAAACGAAA